UUUACGUGAGUUGGGCCGGUUUCAAAAUACAAUAUAUGUCCAUGAAUUUGGACCUGGAAUGAGAAUUAGCUGUUUGUUCCAGAAAAUGAUGUAGAAAACCCUUGCAUUGCAUUUUCUAUGUGAACCAAACGCCGGCAUUGCGUGCCCUGGACUGCGACCUUGACGCACCCCUCUGUCCGCCAGUUCACCGUGUUCCUCUGUUGCGGCUUAACCGUGGCCAUUGUGCACUACUGCAACUGCUGCCAGCUCAGCUUCUGGAUGCGGUCGUGCCUGGCCACAGCCAUGGGAGGCGUGCUCCUGGUGCUGCUCCACAGCCCCCUCUGCAGGACCGAGAUCAGCAGUGGCACCAGCACGAGCAGCGAGGCUGGCUGGGGCCCGAGGACCGGCUCCGGGGACCUGCUGGCCCUGGAGACAGUGCUGGCCCUCUUGCUGCUGCUGCUGCUGGUGUGGUUCCUGAACCGCGAGCUGGAGGUGAGAUACCGGCUGCACUACCAUGGCAACGUGGAGGCGGACCAGCACCGCAUCAAGAUCCAGAACAUGCGCGACCAGGCGACCUGGCUUCUGGGGAACAUCAUCCCCAUGCACGUGGCCGAGCAGCUGAAGGUGACGCAGAGCUACUCCAAGAACCACGAUGACGUGGCCGUCAUCUUCGCCAGCAUCGUCAACUUCAGCGAGUUCUACGAGGAGAGCUACGAGGGCGGCAAGGAGUGCUACCGCGUGCUCAACGAGCUCAUCGGCGACUUCGACGAGCUGCUGCGCCGGCCAGCCUUCUCUCACGUGGAGAAGAUCAAGACGAUCGGCGCCACCUACAUGGCGGCGGCGGGCCUGAACGCGCAGCAGCGGCGGGAGCAGGCCGGGCCGCGGGCUCACCUGCGCGCCCUCUUCGACUUCGCCCUGGAGAUGAUGCGCGUGGUGGACGACUUCAACAAGAACAUGCUGGGCUUCAAGUUCAAGCUGCGCAUCGGUUUCAACCACGGCCCCUUGACGGCCGGCGUCAUCGGCACCACCAAGCUUCUGUACGACGUCUGGGGCGACACGGUGAACAUCGCCAGCCGCAUGGACAGCACUGGCGUAGAGUGCCGUGUGCAGGUCAGCGAGGGCAGCCAUGCCGUGCUCAGCCGCAUGGGAUAUGACUUUGAGUAUCGCGGCACCGUCAACGUCAAGGGCAAGGGCCAGAUGAGGACCUUCCUGUUUCCCAGCAGCACCGGCGGCGGGAGCGUGCCGGGCCUAUUCACCCCGGGAUCAGACCCAACCCUCAUUCAGAGCCUUCCCCCGACAGGCCGCGGUGUGGCUUGCUCCCAGAAUCCCCUGCCAGUCCCCUCUCCCUCUGUUGCUCGCCCAGCUGCUGGGCCCGUUUCUCUAUCUGAUAAACCCAAGGACAGCAAUGGCCUGCUCGGUGCCCCAAGGACUUCUGGGAAUGGGCCCAUCGGCGGCCUGCUUACCACUCCACACGCAGCGUGGGUUUCCACUGCAACAGGACCCAAAUCUACCUCGUCUACCUCCACCCACAUGGUAGAGGAGGAGGAUGAGGAAGAGGAGGAGGUGGACGAGAUGAGCAGACUCAAACCGGCGGAACACGUAUGACAGGACCCUGUCCCCAAAGACCCUGUAGCAGGGGAUGGGGGUCAUCAUGCAUGAUCCUUUAUUUGGGAUCCUACUCUUUUUUUUGGGGGGGGGGACUGUGCACUGCUGUGUGGAUCACAGCAACAUGUGAGGUGUGGAUGGUGGGUGGGGGGGGGUUACAGAAUUGCAGGCUUCCCCUCUUCCUAAACUGUUCUUGCUAUUUUUGUUCAAGUGCCUUCAUGAUCAGUAAUAACAUACACAAAGGGAGUGUGACACAAAGAGGAAACUGAAGGAAGUAAAUGGCCUAUGGGAGACUGGAGCAUAGAUCCCCCCCCAAACUGUCAGUUCUGUGGGCCUGGUAGACCCAGCCUGUGGUUCCGGUCCUCCUGCCAGUGACGGUUAUGAAACGGUUGGUUCGUGCGAAACUCCGACACGUGGACACAAGCCUGGGUUGGGGGUUGGUGUGAAACUGAGGAGCACAAGAAAUUCUGUUUCUUUUAGACCAGUAUUAAAACAACAAAAGAAGGAAACAAGUUUAGCCUGUGUGUGUGUGUCAGUGAAUAUAUUUGAAUAUGUUUCAAGAACAGCCACAGGCAACCCUAGUCCUUAAAAAAUCAUAAAAAAAAAA